AUGGCAUUGUCUCAGCCUCAGCACAUCCAUUGCAGCCCCGUUGCGCUGCCAUCACUCGGAGUGGCAGGGCCAGAGUUCAGCCGCUUUUUGCAUGGACGUGGCCGACGUACCAGCGAGGUACGACUGACGGCGUUAUACAUGGGAAUCGGUUGCAUGAAGGCGAGGACGAGGGUCAAGAGGAGAAGCACUAAUUUCCAGAGCAGACGACAUUUGGGAGCCAGUGUGAUUUGCACAACUGUUGGUGCUAGCAAAGCUCUUGCUGCAAGUGCUCCCAGCUUGUCAGCAGUUCCGGGUAUUGGAUUGGGCACUUGCUGUCUCAAAGGUCAAGACAGCUUUCAACAAGUGUUGAAUGGCUUGCAGCUGGGCUAUCGUGUCAUAGACACUGCGAGCCAUUACGACAACGAAUCUGAAGUUGCUCAGGCAGUGCGUGAAUCGCAAGUUCAGCGAGAGGAUGUGUUUCUGGUUACGAAGAUCUGGUUUGAUGAUAUGGGUGAGAAGGCACCAGAGGCCAUCCUGGAGUCGCUGAAGCGGUUGGACACCGAGUAUGUGGAUUUGCUUCUCAUGCACUUCCCCGGAGCCAACGAUGCCCUGCAGAGUCCAAGUGCAAAUCGCAAGCGCCGAGAAACAACUUGGCAUGCGAUGGAGGAGGCGAAAUCCAGUGGCCGAGCCAAAUCCAUUGGCGUUGCGAACUUCACCCGAAGGCACUUAAAGGAGAUGUUCGAGUACUGCCGCGAGCCACCCUCUGUGCUUCAAACUGAGAUCCAUCCGUAUUUCCAGCAGACUAAGCUGGUCGAAUUUGCCGUGCAAAAGGGCCUUCAAAUCCAGUCAUUUUCUCCUUUGGCGCACGGAGAGCUCAAUCUCCUGGAAGACAAGGUGUUGAAGAGCAUUGCUGCCACGCAUCAGAAAUCCACCGCGCAAGUGGUGCUCCGCUGGUUGCUGCAAAAGAACAUCUUACCUAUGGUGUUCAGUCGCUCGCGGCAGCGUCUCGCAGAGAAUUUGGACACCAAGUUUCAGUUGUCAAGUGGGGACAUGGACCGAAUAUCGUUCCUGGAUCGAGAUAUGGCAGAGGCUAGAGUUGGCUUUGAUCCCAACUUGAUUGCCUGA